GCCACCAACACCCCGCAAUGAAGUUGCUCAGCUACGUCUUGGUGUACCGCAGGUUUAUACUCAUCCUUCUCACCCCACUGCUCUUCCUUCCUCUCCCUCUCAUCCUCAAAACCAAAGAAGCAGAAUGUGCUUACACCCUCUUUGUCAUGGCCAUCUUUUGGCUCACGGAAGCUGUUCCCCUGUCUGUGACGGCCCUCCUCCCUGCUCUGAUGUUUCCUUUGUUCGGAAUCAUGUCUUCUCAGAAGGUGUCAUCAUCUUAUUUCAAAGAUUUCCAUAUACUGCUCACUGGAGUCAUCUGCCUGGCAACAUCAAUAGAAAAAUGGAACUUGCACAAGAGGAUUGCACUGAAAAUGGUCAUGAUGGUUGGUGUGAAUCCAGUCUGGCUAUCGUUGGGUUUCAUGGUCAGCACAGCCUUCCUGUCCAUGUGGCUUAGCAACACUUCUACUACUGCCAUGGUGAUGCCAAUCGUGGAAGCCGUCCUCCAGCAGAUAAUGCGCGUGGAAGCCGAGGUGGACACCAACCAGAUGUCUUAUUUCAAUGGAUCCACAAACCUCGGCUUGGAACUUGAAGAAAGUGCUAACGAGAGUGGAACUAAUGACUGUAAAGAGAAAAGCAUGCAAGUUACAUGCAGUGAUGCACAACAAACUGCAAGCAAGAACGAGCAGGAAAAGGAUCCAGAGCCAGGAAAGAAAUAUCGAACCCAGCGGGACCACCAAAUGUGCAAGCUGAUGUGCUUAUGCAUUACUUACUCUUCGACCAUUGGAGGGCUGACCACCAUCACUGGCACAUCCACCAAUCUGAUCUUUGCAGAACAUUUCAAUGGGCGCUACCCAGAUUGUCAGUGCAUCAACUUUGGAUCUUGGUUUCUGCUUUCCUUUCCCGCUGCUAUUCUCAUCCUUAUCUUGUCCUGGAUUUGGCUCCAGUGGCUUUUCAUGGAUUUCAACUUCAAAGAAAUGUUCCACUGUGGCAAGACUAAGAACAUCAGAGAAAAAUCCGCCAGCGAAGUGAUUAAAGAAGAGUACAGAAAACUGGGACCGAUAAGGUAUCAAGAAAUCGUGACCCUUGUCCUGUUCUUUGCAAUGGCCCUGUUAUGGUUCACCAGAGAUCCUGGAUUCAUUCCGGGCUGGUCCUUGCUUUUUAAAGAGUAUAAAGGUUAUGCUACGGAUUCAACAGUUGCCUUAAUAGUGGGCAUCCUUUUCUUCCUUAUCCCAGCCAAGAGACUGACCAAGACCACAGCCACUGGAGAAAUCGUUGCUUUUGAUUACUCUCCACUGAUUACCUGGAAAGAAUUCCAGACUUUUAUGCCCUGGGACAUAGUUAUUCUUGUUGGUGGCGGCUUUGCCUUGGCGGAUGGCUUUGAGGAGUCAGGACUCUCUAAAUGGAUAGGUGACAAAUUAACACCACUGGGAUCAUUACCAACAUGGCUAAUAAUCCUGAUCUCAUGUUUGUUGGUCACAAGUGUGACAGAAGUAGCCAGUAAUCCAGCUACCAUUACUAUACUUAUGCCUAUAUUAGCACCACUGGCUGAAGCUAUUCAUGUGAAUCCACUUUACAUUCUGAUACCUUCGACUCUCUGUACUUCAUUUGCAUUUCUCUUACCAGUUUCAAAUCCACCCAAUGCCAUUGUCUAUUCCUAUGGCCAUGUAAAAGUCAACGACAUGGUAAAAGCUGGAUUGGGCGUUAAUCUCAUUGGGGUUGUCGUAGUGAUGCUUGGCAUCACAACAUGGGCAGUGCCCAUGUUUGACCUCCACAACUUCCCCAGCUGGGCAAAUUCUACAAAUAAGGCAGGGCCAUGACACUGCACCUGGGUGACUUUCUGGGAAGGCCUGCAGCAAGUUUUGAGGAACACCAGAGCACUCUCAUGACAACCAGAACUGAGAUGGACAGAAAUAGGAGCAGAACUCACUGGAACUCUCGCAAUUGGAAUCCCUACUAAACUCAAAAUUGGUCCAGCCAGGCCCUUGCCCUCAGUUCCUGGCCUCCUUCACCAACAACUCGGUUUUAAAAAGCAGUCCGUGAUUUUUUACUUCUGGUCACUGUACCUUGCUAUGCACUAAAACAUGACAGUUGUCUCAUUAUCAGACAGGUAAUGAUACUAAGAAUCCUCUGAGUGUGUUUUGACCUUGUGUUUUGGUGCUAAUUUGGAGAUGUAAUUCAGAAGCAAUCUUCAGUCAAUCAAUUGUAUUUAUUGAGCACUUACUGUGUGCAGAGCGCAGUAUUAAGUGCUUGGG